GAAAUUGUCCAAUAGAAACUCUUGUUUUUUGUUGUAGACUGCAGACAGAAAAACAAGACAGAGACACCUCAGCAAGUUAAAUUGAACUGAACUCUCCCUCCAUCCAGACAGAAACACCUCGUCAAGUUAUAUUGAACUCUCCGUCCUCCACCUGAACCAUGUCUGGAAAUAAGAAAGGAUGCUCCACCACCUCUCAGAAGCACCGUAACUUUGUCUCUGAGCCGAUGGGAAACCGGUCUGUGAGGGACGUACCCGGGAUCGGACCUGUACAGGGCCGCAGGCUAGAGGAGCAGGGCAUUAACAGAGCUGACCAGAUGUUGGGCCAGUACCUGGUGAGUGGUCGGGACCAGGGCCGGUUCCAGGGCUAUCUGAAAAAUACCACAGGGGCCAACGCCAAGCAACAGAGUGACGUCUACAAUGGAAUGAGAGACUGGACCGACAACAAUAUGUAGAGGAGAGCAUUCACUCACUAUCUCUGCUCCUUUCUGCUUUUCUUCUCCCUAAUUAAGAUUCUUCAGACCUACCUAGGUCAACUUUCAUCUAAAGCACAUCAGCUGAUGGACGUAAUGUAUUGAUAAGUAAUAUUGAGUAAUGAUAAAGUUGAUAGUUGUUUAUAAGACACUACACUUCCUUCUGUUCUUCUUGUCUUGUUCUUCAACUGGGACCCUGGACCCUGUCCCCAGGUUAAAGUGAUAGUUUCGGAUGCAUUCUGUUUUGGAAUAAAUCUGGAAUUCACUUUG